UAGAAUCAUGGAAGAAUCCUGGUGAAAAUUUUAUCAAGUUUUCAGCUUUCAUUAAAACAAUAUCCAAGAGACCUGCAUUAAAUGACACUGAGAUGGAGAAAUUGAAAUGUAUAGACAAGAAACAUCCAUUGGUAUUGUUUUUAGUCCAAGAAUCAAGACUCAGUUCUUCUCAAAAGAUAAUACUUAUUCAAGAAUUUUGUGGGAAAUACAAACGUUGAAUGGAGAUCUUUUUUAUGAUGAGUUGGUGCGGUGAAACUCCAAAACCAUAGCUGCUUUGAAGUCAUGACUCUAUCUAGUCAUUCAUAUUAUACUCUUUUAGGUAUAUUCUAUUUAAUUUUUAGCAUUAAUUCAAGUUACAACACACAAAGAAAUACUGGCUAAAGUAAAGUUUCGCGAACGAGAUCUCUUAUUGACCCGUGUAAACAUGGCAUAUCAAUCACGAUAUUUGAUUCAAGAAAAUAUAAACAACUUUGUUUACAUCAAACUCAUAGGAUACAACACAUCAUCAAACCCCCUGGUGUCUUGCAACACGGAGAAUAUAGGAAUUGAUACAGGUGAAUACAACUUACAAACGAAACCAACUUCUAAUAAUAAGCCGUCUGGGACCAGAACUCCAUUAGCACCAAUCAAUCCCAAUGGAGCAAAUACAACAGUGACAAACACCACACCGACUCCUGAUUAUGAUGUGUAUGGGAUGGAGUCAUUAAAAUGGAGCCUUGCUAUGGUUGGUGAAUUUGCUGAACUGGUUGUUGAGUAUCAACACUAUAUAAUUGGAAAUUAUAAUGAAUUUAAUGCAUUAGGGUGGGAGAUUAUUCAAAGUAGGAUGUGGGAUUCAUUCCCUGAUUUUCAUGAUUUUUUAAAAAUUGGAGAUUUGGUUAAACAGUUGAGGUAUCUAUGUGGUCAAUAUUUGCUUUAUUAUCAAAUUCUCAGGGAUAAAUGUUAUGAUGUUUUCCAAUAUUCCGAAUUUCAUAACCAUUUUAUAUUGGACAAGGAUGUUUAUGAUAUAUUUCCUAGAGAAUUUUUUGAAAGAUCAAAAAAAAACAAAUAUGCUUUCCGUUUCCUAAAUUAUGAGAAAGAAUUACAGAAGUGUGGUCGUAAUAUGUUGGAUGAUAUAAUUGAUAUAGUUGGUCGUGCUGAAUAUGAAAAUCGAAAACACAAUCUUGUUGAAUAUUUUACACGAGAUAUAAGUUAUAUGGUUCUUUUGGAGGAAUUUGUUAAUGAACCUUCUGUUUAUUUAUGGAAAAAUAGAAAAGCAAGGGCAAAACAUAAUUACAAUUUGGAAGAAAGAAAGAUAUUCAAGGGUAAACAUAAACUUUCCAAAAAAGCUACAGCAAGAUUUGAAAAGAAUAAAAAACAUAUAAGAGAGAAUUAUGAGAAAUAUUUAACUUUUUUGAAAAAAAUACCUAAAAGACUUUCACCAACUGAAUUGGAAUUGAAUAAAUUGUUAAUGACAAUUGAAAAAGAAAGUGCAUUGGUUAAUAUUAUUGCAAAAGAUGAAGAAUUGGAUACCCGUCAAAAAAUCUUUGUUAUUAAACAUUGUCUUGGUAGGUCAGACAAAUCGAUUGAAUGGGAUAUGACCAUACCUUGA